AUGUCUGCACAAUACCUGAAGAAGGUCAAGCAAAACACCCUGAUCAAAAACAACGCCAAGUGUCUGUCGAUCAUCAGUGACGCCCUGGACAAAGUGACGGGUUUUGGUGGUGAGACAAAUUGGAGUUUGGUCCCCAAGGGCCCGACAAGCCAGCCUCGCCUCCCUCCCGUAGUUUUACUGGUCACAGGAGGCUACUGUUAUGGCCCUGAUGCUGCUCAAAUCUUCGAGCUGUAUGACGUCCGGACUGACGCCUGGGCCAGUCUGAACUCUGCGGUCUCAGUUGUCAAUCAUGGCGCUGUGUUCCUGGACAGGUUUGUGUAUUUGGUUGGCGGCUACAACCAGGGGGAUCAUUUGAGUACCGUGCAAAGGUUCGAUUUCGUCACCUUUACCUGGGAGAACGUGGCCUCCAUGAAUUUCCCACGCUGCUCCGUCAGCGUCGCUGUGCUCGAUGGCUGCAUUUAUGCGAUGGGGGGUUCACAUGGAUACGUUCACCACAGAACCGCCGAGCGCUACGAUCCUGGCACCAACAGAUGGACCAUGAUAGAGCCAAUGCAUGACAGGAGAAGCGGGGCCGGUGCAGCGUCUCUGCACGGAAAGGUUUACAUCUGUGGAGGUUUCAAUGGGGUUUACGCCCUCUACGCGGCUGAGUUCUACAACCCAGAGAGCCACCAGUGGACCAGGAUCGCCCCAAUGAGAUGCUACCGAAACUGUCUGGGGGUCGCCGCUUAUAAAGGCCAGAUCUACGCAGUUGGCGGUUGUGUGAACUGGAUCAGCAACCUGCGCAGCGUGGAGGCCUACAAUCCGAGCACCAACCGGUGGCAACUGAUGCCGUCCAUGCGCUUCCACCGCAGAAACUUUGGCCUGGAGGUGUUGGAGGAGCAGCUCUUUGUGGUUGGAGGGUGCAACAGGUACGGCUUUUUGUCGUCUGUGGAGUGCUACGACCAGGACGCCCACAUGUGGUGCCAGGUGUCUCACAUCAACAGACCUCGCUGCAGCCUGAGCUGCUGUUUGCUCAUCGGACACUACGAGCUGGUGGAGCGGCUGUUUCCUCGUGGGCCUCACCCCUGA